CGUGGAUCCGCGUCGCGUCGCCCGAGCGGGGGGGCACCUGAACAUUUGGGCUCAUCGUAAAUGGAGAUCGGGGAGGUGUGUGCCCAAGGUCAUUGAGUGCUACCCGGCCGUAUUUUUGUGUUGUUAUCGAAACGCACACACACACACACACACACACACGCGCAGCGCCGUCGUCUACGUUGCAGCGCAGCCUACAAUUGUCAGUCCGGUGGUCGCGCGCCGUGGAGUUGUUGCGUUGCUAUUUGUCUCCGGACACCGCGAGCUUCCGUCUCCCGACAGCAUGGACGGCGCGUUGAAGCCGGGUCGGAGAUGCCGGACCAAGCGGGAGCGGGUGCGCAGGCUGCGGGAGGCGGGAAGCAGAGACGCCCGCCGCAGCCCCGACCCCAACUCCUCCUGCUCCGACAGGGAGGGACACAGUCCGGGGAGGGACGCCGCCUCGCUGCCCGGCAAGAAGGCGCCGCGCCCCGCGGCCCCCGCCAGAGCCCCGCGUCCCCCCCGGCGGAAGAGACGCGAGUCGAGCUCGCAGGAGGAGGACAUCAUUGAUGGAUUUGCUAUCGCCAGUUUCAUCAGCCUGGACCGCCUGGAGAAGAAGACGGGACUUGUGAAGACACAAGAGAAGAAGGAGCGCUGGAAGGAGAAAAAAGUGACAAAGCGGCAGAAAAAGGAAGAUGAGGAAGUGGAGGAGGAAGAAGAAAACGUCCAGCCGGUGGUGGAUCCCUUGGAGAAUGGCUUCCUUCAUCACGCCCAGCGGGAGCAGGAGCGAAUGACAGACAGGCUGCUGAAGAGGACUUACUCCAAGAAGAACAAAAUGAUCAAACCUUUUGCACUGUGUCCGGUCAAAGUCAGAGAGGACGAGAUGGUGCAGGAGGUCAGCCGACCGCACAGAAGCAACUCCAAGGAGCAGCUCAGCGAGACUUCCAUUCACUCGCUGUCAGGCCGCGGCUACUCGGAGGCUGAGAUGAAGUGUCAUCUUUCAGAAGAUGAUGCAAGGAAUUGGGCCCGGAAAGAUCUUAUUGUUGUGCAGCCAGCAGCAGUGGCCCUCCUCAAGUGUGACAGUGAGAGUGACAUUGACGACAAGGUGUCUGAUGUAGGAUCGGAGAAGCUCUUUUCCCCCACCGCACCCAAAGGUGUGCCAACGAAUGACAGUCCAGAGGUCAAGACUUGUAGCUCAGCCAAAGUGUCGGGGCUCCAGCGCAGCCAGGAGCAAAGCAACAGCGAGGUGCCCUUCACGCCUUCCGUGCCCAGUCCCACCCCAGCUUCGGCGCCCACGGGCUCCCCCGCCCCCGCUGCAGCGGCGGCCCCCCCAGAGCCCCCUAGAUUGUACCUCCCCACGCCGCCUCCUCUCAGUGUCAAGAGGGAGCAGCACCCCGUGCCCCUUGUCCCUACCCCUCCCUUGUUGAGGGCUCCAUCCCACCCCCACCACCAGCCCCACCCUCCUCACCCCCACUCGCACCAGGAGGCCCGUGUUCUUCCGCCCCCUCAGCACCACGCACGGCCAGUUAUCAGCCACCAGGUGCAUCACCCUCUGCAGUACAACAGCCUCCACGACAUCAGCCACAGCAGCAGUCCCCUGGGUCUACCCAAACAGCACUUGCACCCCUCCCCUCACCACCACAUCAGCGGGCUCCCAUCCUCCGCCCCCUCCUUGCCUCUGUCCAUAGCUAAUCUCUCUACCUCGCACUAUUCCUCCCUACGGAGCCCGGCCCAUCGCCAUCCGGCCAUGUUUGCAACCCCAGCCACACUGCCGCCACCACCGACCUUACCGACCAACAGUUUAGUGGUGCCCGGGCACCCUGCCGGCAACCCCUACCCAGAGCAUGGCCUCCUGAGGCAGGAGCUGAACAACCGCUUCCUGGUUCAGAGUUCAGAGCGGGGCCGGGGGCCGUCCGCCUCACCACUGGCCCCCGCUUCGCUCCUGAGGGCUGAGUUUCACCAACACCAGCACAUGCACCAGCACCAACACACCCACCAGCACACCUUUACGCCCUUCCCCGCCAGUCUUCCCCCGGCCGCCAUCCUCACCCCGCCCACCGCACCCACCAUGGUGCGUAACCAAGCCAGAAAUUUCGACAAAUACGCCCCCAAACUGGACAAUCCCUUCAUCAGACAUUCAAACUUCUUCCCAUCCUACCCCCCCGCCAUGCCAGGCAUGCCCCCGCUGCUCCCACACUCAGGACCCUUCAGCUCGCUGCAAGGAGCCUUCCAGCCCAAGGCAUCUAAUUCCAUUGACGUUGCGGGACGUCCUGGAGGAGUACCUCACACACUCCUACAGAAGGAUCCACGGAUAACAGAUCCAUACAGGACAUCUGUUAGGAAACCUGGCAAGUGGUGUGCAGUGCAUGUCCAGAUCGCAUGGCAGAUCUACCACCACCAGCAGAAAAUGAAGCAAAUGCAGCUGGAUCCUCACAAACUAGACAUGAACGGGAAGCUGGACCUGUUCAGUCGACCCCAAGCUCCAGGAGUCUUCCCGGGGUUUCCGUACACUCAUGACCUAGCAAGACCCAUGUUCUCCUCCACAGGCUCCGGUCACCCUGCUCCGUCUCCGUAUGGCCACGUCCCCCAUCCCAGCGGCUUCCUGCCUCCUAGCCAUUUGGCAGGUAAGUAUCCUUUCAGUCGCUCCAGUUCCUAUGGCGGCCUCGGCAACCUUUCAAGCAGUGCCUUCGGAGGAUUAGGCAACCCUUCGCUUGGGUCCAACAACAUGUUUGGCACCAAGGAGGGACCAGGAGGACUGCCCACGUUUGGCAGCCCCCACCACGACACCUGGAACAGACUUCGACGCACCCCGCCAUCUUUCCCCACCCCGCCGCAGUGGCCCAAAACCGCCGACACCGAGCGAAGCAGCUCGGCCAACAGCCACGAGAGAGAGCGAGAGAGAGAAAGGGAGCGAGAGAAAGAGAAAAGAGACGCAUCCAUCGGGAAGGAGGAGAAGGAUAAAGACAGGGAUUCUGUGGAUCGCAAUCGUCACUCCAACCGCUCAUCGCCGGCAUCGGCGCCAGUCAGCUACCAGAUCAGCAGCCUGAUUCGCUCAAACAGCCAGAACUCCUGCGAUUCGGGGCGACAUCACAGUGGCAGUGUAGAUCGGGUCCGCGAGGCGGAGAAGGAGCUGCUGGAGCGCCACAGGGAGUCCUCCACGCUGGGCGACGUGAAGGUGAAGGAGAGCCGCUCGCCUGCCAAGGAGAUGCUCGAGAGGAGAUCCUCAGAAGACUCCAUCAAACCCUCUCAACGUUCUCCCUCCCCAUACUCCAAGGCGGUGAUCAAUGAGCAGGGUAUGAAAAUGGCGAGCGGGCCCCCGCCCACCCUCAAGGACAGCGAGAGGAAAGAGCCCCCACCCGCGGAGCUCCUCCAUAAGGUGAAAAACGACAUGAAGAUUAAGGAGGAGAGGAAGGAGGAGCAGGAGGUCAUGGUGGUGAGUUCAGAGCCCGCGCCCCCCCCACCGUCCCAAGUCCUCUCUGCUCAAAUCAGCCAGCCUAUCAACCCGCACCACCACCACCCGCCUUUGUCCCACCAGCACCCUCUUCACUCGCCGCGUGGCAAUGACAUCCCAGCACCCGGCAUGCACGGCGUCCCCAUGGCACAUUCUCUGCCCCUCUCAAUGAGUGCCAUGCCCCAGAUGGGAAGCCUCAACGUGCUGGACCGGGCGCGCAUGGCUCCCUUCAUGGGAGUGAGCCCUCUGGCGGGGAGGGAGCGCCUGCCCCACCAGGCCUUCCCUUGGGACCCGCUCAGAGAGGCCUACCGCAGCCUGGACCUGCAGCGGCGCAUGGACUUCCAGCUCCGGGCCGAGCAGGGACACCGCUUCCCCAGCGUGUACGAACAGGAACGGGCCUACCGCGAGAGGGAGGCGCACGACUACUCUCACCACGAGCACCUGUUGGAGGUGCGCAGGGAACACGAGAGGAUGAGGCAGCAGGCGGAGGAGCGGGAGCGCCUCCACCUGAGGGAGGAGCUGGACCGAGCACGCCUCCAUCAGCUGCACCAGUCCCCCAUGGAGGGCCAUCUACCCCACAUGCCCCCCUUUAUGCCCCACUUGGGCGGCAUGCACUACCCUAGACUGAGCCCCUCCACGGGACACAACGGCCCUCUGAACAGAACCCCCCCGACGGCUGCACUCAGCGCCCCCCCGCCCCUUGUGCCAGCCGGCAGUGCCAGGCCAGCCUCCCCAAGGAGGACUACCCCCCUCACCACCCAGGACCCACGGGACUACUCCCCGUCUCGCAACCCCAAAGAGGUUGAGGCCCGGUAGCUUCUUACCGGAUGCACUCGGUCCCCCACUCUCCAGAUCCGAAACCUUUUUGUGAACAAAAUGCACUGCUCUUAUAACCAGAUGAGAGCAAAACUUCCUAAGGGAAAGGGUAUGAUUGUACAAAUUAAUGGUAUGUAAGGCUGAUUAAGCACAUGCCAUGACUUUAUUUUUAGUGGAGUGGAGGUUGAAUAAUCGUCGGUCAGGAGAACAUAAAUACGUGUAUGUUUAUAUCCGACUUAAAUAUUUGAUAAUUAUUAAUAUAUUAAUCAAAUACCUUUUUUUCAGCUCCGUGUAAAAGAAAGGUCCUGAAAUGAGUUUGUACAUUUCUUAUCCUUGUUCCAUGUAUAGAUAUCAUUUCUAUGAAUUUUAUGUAUUUUGUGGAUUAGUCAUGCCUUUUACAAUAUUUAUCCCAGUUGAUUGUGAGACAUAUCCAUUAUGACCCACCGUUAAGACUGGAUUUGGUUUCCUCCUUCAGUAAUUUAACCUCAUGGUACCAGGAUAUCCUCAAUGGUGACAAUGUACAAUGUUACAUUACAGAUUUGUUUUGUUCAUUUGUUUUGCCUUUGAGAUAUGCAGAUAAAUAUAUAUUAUGAGGUCUUUGUUCAGUCUCUGUAAAGAAAACUCAUGUAAAUAACCUGUUGAUAUUUCUUUGCUGCAAAAUUACUGUGUAAAUUUAUUAGUCUUUUUAACCAUUUCUAGAAAAACAAAAUCAAAUGAAACUUGGGGAAAAACCUCCCUGUUGAAUAUCAUGGCAACAGACAUGCCUGGCCAAUGGAUGAGAAGUACGAUGAGAGGGUGUUGUAGGGGGGCCUAGAAGGAUCAUCUGCAAUCUAUGCAAAGCAGCACACAGCACCCUAAUGAAGAAAUCAUCCGGAGGGAGCAGACAGUACUGGUGAAAGAUACUUGGAUUAACACUUGUUUAUAAAAAAAAAAAAUGAUGGAAUUAUUGAGACUUCCAAGUCAAAAACUGGACCAGCCCCAGACAGAAAAGAAGGACACUUUUUAGUGGGCGGCAAAAGGACAUUCUCUGUCAACCUUGUGGUGUUGUGCAGUUGUUUUUCUUAGACUCUUGUAUACAAAACAAGUAGAGUUUUAGGCGUGCAAAAAAAUGAAAAUGAACAUUCUUGGUUUAAAAUGUACGGAAUAAAGUUUGGACCUAAUGUCA